AUGGCUUUCCGUCCAGGGCUGCGGGCGCCCAGGAGGAGGGGCAUCGGAGGCGGGGUGGCCGUGCGGGCGGCCCUCGACGCGGGGAGCGCCCACCAUGCCGUCGAGUCGAUCAUCAGGGCCGCGCAGCCUGGCCUGCAACUGCACCUUGCGGAGAUGGGCGGCCACGCGCUGAACCUCAUGCACAGCCUCGCGGAAGGGGCUGAUGCCGCGGUGGACGCAGCGGCGGGGAUGGACGUGAGCGAUGCCGCUGCCACCGUUGCCGGCGCCGCGGGCGACGCCACACAGGCCGCCGCCGACGCGGCGGCGAACGGAUCGGGCGGGGGUGCCUUCGAGUUUCUGGCUGUGGCGUUCACCGAAUUCCUCAAGAUCAUCGACAAUGGGUUUGAGCUGCUGAGCGUUCCUUAUUCAUAUGGCUUUUCCAUCAUUGCACUGACAAUAAUUGUCAAGGUGGCCACUUUCCCAUUGACAAAGCAGCAGGUCGAGUCGUCGAUCAGCAUGCAAGCUCUCCAGCCCAGGAUCAAGGAGAUGCAGGAAAAGUACAAAAAUGACCCUGAGCGGCUGCAGCAAGAGACAGCGGCACUUUACCAGGAGGCUGGCGUUAACCCCCUAGCAGGCUGCCUGCCCACGCUUGCCACCAUCCCUGUUUUCAUCGGGCUUUAUCGGGCGUUGCUGCUGGCAGCAGAUGAAGGGCUGCUGAAGGACGGCUUCUUUUGGAUACCCUCGCUGGCAGGGCCGACGUCCAUAUCAGCCAGACAAGCGGGCCUUGGACUACAAUGGCUGCUGCCCUUCGAGAAUGGGGCGCCACCAAUUGGCUGGGAAGAUGCGACUGCCUACCUUGUGCUCCCGGUGUUGCUCAUCAUCUCGCAAUACAUCUCACAGGCUAUCAUACAGCAGAAGAAUGAGGACCCGUCGCAGCAGGGUGUCCAGACUCUGCUCAAGUUUCUACCUCUGUUGCUAGGUUGGUUUUCCCUGAAUGUUCCUUCGGGCCUGACACUGUACUGGAUCACAAACAACAUUCUAUCAACGGGACAGCAAGUGUAUCUGAAGAGUAAUGCAGCAUCUGCUCAGGAGACAAAGUCCUACUCCUCCUCAACAAUGCCGUCCUCGACGACCAUUACCAGGCCUCCGAAGGACGUCAUCGAUGUGACACCAUCUGGCCAGGAGAUGGGUUCACGACGUUCAGCAAAGCAGAUUGCUGCGGCUGCAGAAAGGAAGGCCCAGGAAGGACGCUCAACAGGGGAAAAGUUUAGGGCUCGAAAAGUGAAAGAAUCUGCCAAAAAGGCUGCGACCUUGGCUGCCACAAGGCAGGAACCACUCUCUCCGGAGAAGAUCAGUGUCCCGGAUGCCACAAGCGCCAACGCACCCCCACUGGACAUUGGCAUGAAGUCGGCACCUCUCCUGGAUAUCGGGGCCGACGUUCCAUCCGCUCAGGAAGCGCCUGCACUGGACGCCAAAGUGGAAGUGAUCGCCCCGAACGGCGGGGCAGCUGAUGAAGAGACGCUUUCCUCUACACCAACUGCCUCUGGCGCUGAAGCUGGUGAUGAAGAUAAUGAGACUGUCUUGAAGGCAGAGGUGGAGGCUGGAAAAGUGACACAAGCUGCCGCUGUUGCGGCUCCAGGCGCAAGGAAACCAGGGAAACGACGAAAGAAGAAGGGCAAGAGAAAGGCAAGGGGCCGGUAG